AUGACAGGGGCUCCGCCGUCUCCGCAGCAGAGCAGGGACCGACUGCUGCAGGCCAUCGACCCCCAGAGCAACAUCCGGAACAUGGUGGCGGUGCAGGAAGUCAUCUCCAGCCUGGAGAAAUACCUCAUUACCAAAGAGGCACUGGAGGAAACCCGUCUUGGGAAGCUCAUCAACGAUGUCUGCAAGAAGACAAAGAAUGAGGAGCUCGCCAAGCGGGCUAAGAAGCUGCUGCGGAGCUGGCAGAAGCUCACUGAGCCCGUGCACCAGAAUGAGGCUGCACUGCAGGGGCUGGCGGGUGCCACCAGCUCGGCCAAUGGGGGUGCCCAUAACUGCCGGCCGGAGGCAGGGGUGGCCGGCCCGCCUAAGGGCAUCCAUGACCUGAAGAACCGUAAUGACAUCCAGAGGCUGCCCGGGCAGCGGCUGGACAGGCUGGGCAGCCGCAAGCACUGGGGGGACCAGCGCGACCUCGGUCACCCUGGGCCACCUCCCAAGGUCUCCAAAGUGAGCCAUGACUCUCUGGUACCCAACUCGUCCCCCUUCCCCACCAACGGGAUCAGCGGCAGCCCCGAGAGCUUCCCUGGCCCCCUGGAUGGCAGUGCGCACGUGGGCCCCGAGGGCAGCCACCUGGAGCACGGCGAGAAUGACAAGCACAGUGGUAAGAUCCCCGUCAAAGCCGUGAGGCCGCACACCAGCUCCCUGGGCCUGGGCAAGCCCCCCGGGCCCUUCUUGCAGACAAAGGGCCAAGCGGUGCUGCAGCAGCUGGACAGGGUGGACGAGACUCCAGGUCCCCCUCACCCCAAAGGGCCGCCUCGCUGCUCUUUCAGUCCCCGGAACUCACGGCACGAGGGCUCCUUUGCCCGGCAGCGGAGCCCAUACACGUACAAGGGCUCUGUCCCCACUCCCUCACCUCGGCCCCAGUCACUCGAUGCCACGCAGGUGCUGUCACCGCUUCCGCUGGCCCAGCCAUCCACGCCCCCCGUGCGGCGACUCGAGCUGCUGCCCAGCGCAGAGAGCCUGGUGCGCUGGCUGGAGCAGCCCGAGGGCCCCCAGCGGCGCGCGGGGUCGGGCUGCAAGCCAGGGCUGCCACCAGCCGAGCCCCUCCUGCCCCGGGCAGGCUUCUCCCCGGACUCCUCCAAGGCGGACAGUGAUGCUGCCUCCUCCGGUGGCUCGGACAGCAGAAAGAAGAGGUACCGGCCUCGCGACUACACGGUUAACUUGGACGGGCAGGUGGCCGAGGCGGGUGUCAAACCUGUCGGGUUAAAAGAGCGGAAGCUCACCUUUGACCCCAUGACGAGACAGAUCAAGAAAGAGCCAGUGCGGGCUGACAGCCCUGUGCACACGGAGCAGCCCAGGACAGAGCUGGACAAGCCCGAGGCCAAGGCCAGCCUCCAGAGCCCUUUUGAACAGACGAACUGGAAGGAGCUGUUGCGCAACGAGAUCAUCCAGUCCUACCUGAGCCGGCAGAGCAGCCUGCUCUCGUCCUCGGGCGCGCAGACCCCGGGUGCUCACCACUUCAUGUCCGAGUACCUGAAGCAGGAGGAGCGCACUCGGCGCGGGGCCCGGAAGCCGCACGUGCUGGUGCCUCACGGCCCACCCACGGACCUCCCAGGGCUGAGCCGCGAGGUCACGCGGGACGAUCUGGACAGAAUCCAGGCCCAUCAGUGGCCAGGGGUGAACUGGUGUCAGGACCCACAGGGUAACUGGUAUGACUGGACGCAGUGCAUAUCGCUCGACCCGCACGCGACGACGGCCGGUUGA